AUGGCUGGCUAUAAACUCCGCGAGAACCGUGUUCCUCACUACCAGGCUCUCUUCCAAGAAGGUGCCAAGAAGCACAUUCGUCAAUGGAAUCAAACCCCUAAAAGCAGAAUUAUGCUCUACCCAUACUACCUAUGUCUUUGGGGAGGUUUUGCCGGAUCUAUGUACAUGAUGUCGCGCAUGGUUUUGGGACACAAGACUUGGUUUAGCAAGGGAUAG